UUUUUUUAAAUAGCUAGUUAGUAUGUACUGAGUCUGCAAUCCACAUAAUAUUAUUUAACAUACAUACUUUAACAUACCUACAGUACCUACCUACCUAGUGAGUGCAGUCGGUCCCAGUGUAUAAUUAUAGUCACUUAUGUGUAAUUAUUUUAAAUCUAGAUUCAUAAAUCGGUGUGAAUCACCUUUAACCGCUAAAAGGAAAUAUUUAAGUAUCACUCUCAUAAAAAAGUGAACGAAGAAAUAAUGUUUAAUUUUAUUUGUGACAUGACAUAAUAUGUUUUUGCUUAAAGUAAGAACAUGAAUUUUAUCACAGCAUAAUCAACAAUAAUUCAUACAUAUAUGUAUACGAAAUAGAAAAAACCUGGCCCCUUGAAAUCUGACAACAGGUUGAACAUCAACAAUACGUAAAUAAGAACAAGAUUAGAGGUCCAUAAACACUGUCCUAUACCUAAGCCAAUAUACCCUCUAUAAUACAGUACUCCAGCCACAAAAAAAGGUAAACAACCUAAAGAUAUCUAAAUUAUAAGGUAAUCUUAUUUAGAUUUCUAUGUAAACAACCUUUUAUGUCUUUUAAUAGAAAAAAAAUCAGUGGUAUUUUCGGUUUGAGUAGACUUUCCAGUACCUAGUAAGUAGUUACCCACCUUUUUUCAGUAAAUAAUAUUUGAACCGACUUAUAAAUCUUGUUGUCGCCUAUACCAUGACUAGCGAACAUUACUGCCGCCAUUAUAUCUACAGGUGUCUCACGUUUCUUAUAACAUCGACACGGGGGUAAUUGUGCAGCUUCCUUUGCGACAUCAUUUAGAGCAAUUUCGUAUAGUUUAUAUAAACGUAGGUAGCACGCGACGGUAUCUUAUUGUGUGUGGAUAUGUGACAAGAUGACACGGACGCUGUGUCUCUGCUUCACCCUUUGUGCGUUAGUCGGCUGGGGCGAUGGAGUCUCCACAAAAAUGGAUUUCGGUGAAGAAGAGGUUACAGCAGUAAUCACGAAUACUACUAAACUGGAAGAUGAUGAUGUCGAAGUAAAACACACAAUUGUAUUAUCAACAAAACUUAGGAAUAACAAUAGAAGAGGAUUACACGCUAAUGAUGAUAAUAGCGAAACGCUAUCCUACAACAUUGGCAAUAAGGAAACAAAAGAAGACAGCGGCGAAGUUCCAGUAGUCAACGGAUACAAAUCUGUGGAAACCACACAAAUAAGGACACCGGACACCAGGUACAGGUCCCAAGUGUACCCGGACUCAACCUUCAUCAACAGGAACAUGAGAGAUGAGCUCGAUAUAUACCCGAAUUACAUCACGAACCCAUCACAAUGGAAGCCUUCGAACUUCUACAAUAACAUCAACUGGUUGAACCAAGAGCUGCCCAGUAUCACUGACUAUACCUCAGGCUGGAAGGCCAGUAGACCAGCCUACCAAACCCCAGGCAAGUUCCACAGAAGACUGAGCGACGAUAGCAUGAAAGAAUUUUACUGUAACAAGUGUAGAGAAAUGAACGGUCAGGCUAAUAAGGGUUGUCCACAACAAAGAACGAAUUCUUGGUUGUACACAACGACACCUAAAAUGAAGCUAGAUGGAAAAUUGGCGAAAUUAAACUAAUUUGCGCGCA